ACUCUCUUGGCCUCAAAACACAAACAGAAACCCAUUUUUCUCUUACAUCAUAUGUCUCAAAGACCCAGUGUUCCUCACUCCUCCACCAUCGCCUUCGGCAUCCAUUCCCAUCUCCUGGUCUCCAGUGAGAUGAACCCCAGUUCCAACUGGUCCUAACUACACUUUUUGAUUCCCAUAUACGAAACUCUCAUUUCAUUCUAUCAGACGUUUUUAAUACUUAAAAAGUUCUCAUUUUUACGACGUCUGAUCUUAUUCCCAAUUUUACGCUUAAUUAUGGGUGUCAAGGGAUUUGUUGAGGGUGGCAUUGCAUCCAUUGUCGCAGGAUGUUCCACUCACCCACUAGAUCUAAUCAAAGUCCGCAUGCAACUCCAGGGUGAGAAAGUUCACGCGCCUAACCCACAGCCAAUCCACAAUCUCCGUCCGGCUUUCGCUUUCCACAACCUCCACGUUCCACACGCGCCAUCCCUCCCACUGCCACCGCCCCCACCUCCACGCGCUUCCGCGGGACCCAUUUCCGUGGGCAUGAAAAUCGUCCAAACCGAAGGCCUCGCCGCCUUGUACUCCGGCGUCUCCGCCACCGUGCUCCGCCAAACACUCUACUCCACCACCAGAAUGGGCCUCUACGACGUGCUCAAAACCAAGUGGGCCCACAAGGAAACGGGCCACCUCUCGCUGCCCCACAAAAUCGGGGCCGGCUUGAUAGCCGGCGCAAUCGGCGCGGCUGUUGGGAACCCAGCCGACGUGGCGAUGGUUCGAAUGCAAGCCGACGGUCGGCUCCCAAUGGCUCAGCGCCGAAACUACAAGGGCGUGACCGACGCUAUCUCCCAAAUGGCCAAGCAAGAAGGCGUGGCCAGCUUGUGGCGCGGCUCGGCUCUAACGGUAAACCGAGCCAUGAUCGUGACGGCUUCGCAGCUAGCCUCGUACGACCAGUUUAAGGAAAUGAUAAUCGAGAACCACGUCAUGAACGACGGUCUCGGGACGCACGUGACGGCGAGUUUCGCGGCGGGUUUCGUGGCUUCCGUUGCGUCGAAUCCGGUCGACGUGAUCAAGACGCGUGUCAUGAACAUGAAGGUGGAGCCCGGGUCGGUCCCACCGUAUAAUGGGGCCCUAGAUUGUGCUCUGAAGACUGUGAGAGCUGAGGGACCCAUGGCCCUUUAUAAAGGGUUUAUUCCCACAAUUUCUAGGCAAGGGCCUUUUACUGUGGUUCUGUUUGUGACACUUGAGCAAGUUAGGAAGUUGCUUAAGGAGUUUUGAAAAAUUUAUGGUUUUUGAUUUAAAAAAAAAAAAUGAUGUUGACGAAGAAUGCAGGGAAUUUAGAGGUCUACUACUACAACUACUUUGAAUAAAUCAUAUGAUUUUUUAUAUCAAUUUUUGUAGUAGAGGAUUUUAUGGUUUAUCAAAUUGGGUUGUUGUUUUAAUAUUUGUUAUUUGAGUAAUGCUUUGUUUUUUAAUUAAUAAAAUUUUUGUUACUUUUUGCAA